UCUGAAGUGGUAAUAUUAGUGCACCCGCGGAAACAUUGUUUGUUAAUUCAGCUGAUAAUAUAUUUAUAUGAAUGAUUGUGAGACAGUUACGUGUAAUCCCAUUAAUUAUAGUCGUCUUUUACACAUCAAAGCGCGGAUAACGACGACAUUUGAUGAGUUUAUGGCCAGGACUACAUGGCGUGGCGGAGUAAGAACAACAAGGCUGUACUUCCAGUGUACCUUGUAGAGCAGCGCUGUGAGUUUUAGAAAUCGAGUAGGUUGAGUCAAGCUUCACCCAGGUGAAGGCAGCACUUUUGAAAGUUUGCCCUCGCAGUUUCAAACAGACUCACAUUUGUUUCCUAGUUCCGCUGUGUUUACCCAUUGGUAUUUGCAUGCGCUGUGUUGGAGUUGUGCCACCAAGCGCUCCAGCGGUCAGCUGGCGUUUUUAGACGCACUGUUUUCUAACUAGAAUGUUACCGAGCCACGCCGGAUCGGCACCAGCAGGACACGGGGCCGCUUCAGGCAGGGGUAACACGGGGCACGGGCCGGGGGUAGUUGGUAGCGGGAUUCGUCCUGUCUUGGUUAGAACAGGACAAAAUAUAGCUGCAGUCAGCGGAAGCUCCGGUGUAGUUGGGCGGCAGGGGGACGGGGUCGGGAUGUUGGGGGGAAACGGUCAAGGUGUCGUUCCAAGAGGCGGGGCACGACCAGGGAACGGCACGGGACUGACCACGCUGCAGACCUCAGGACAGGGAGCAAUGGGGGUUUUAAAUACGGGAAUUGGUAUUCACGGAGGCAGCCGGUUCAACACUGAGAAAGAUUGUGCGCCGAUGUGCAGCGGGUCGGAUGCUGACUCUGAGUCGGGGGAGGAUGACGACCCUAUGGGUUCAAUCGGGGACAGCCGGAGAGGUGUGAAGCGUGAGAGAGCGGAGAUGGAGGCUACCGUCAUGGGGCAUGAGCUAGGGGUACAGCCCGGGGGUUAUGGAGGGGUCCCCGGAGGAGUCGCCGGGGCAAAACCAGGAAAAAAGACACGUGGGCGCGUGAAGAUAAAAAUGGAAUUUAUUGACAACAAGUUGAGGCGAUACACAACUUUCAGCAAGAGGAAGACUGGGAUCAUGAAGAAGGCGUACGAGCUCUCCACCUUGACGGGAACACAGGUGCUGCUGCUGGUGGCCAGCGAGACCGGACACGUGUACACCUUCGCCACGCGCAAGCUGCAGCCCAUGAUCACCAGCGAGACAGGCAAGGCCCUCAUCCAGACCUGCCUCAACUCCCCCGACUCCCCGCCGCGCUCUGACCCCUCCACCGACCAGCGCAUGAGCGCCACGGGCUUCGAGGAGACGGACCUCACCUACCAGGUGUCUGAGUCGGAGAGCAUGGGGGAUUCCAAGGACCAGCUGAAGCCUGCGUUCACAGUGACCAGCCUCCCUGGCACCACCAGUAGCCCCACAGCCCCCUCCUCUUCCACCAGCAUGCAGGUGACCAGCGGGACCUCCUUCCCCAUCACCAACUACCUGGCCCCCCCCAGCAGCAACGCCAGCGCCAACGGCUCCAUCCUCAAAGCUACCAGCGCCACAGCCGGGGUCAUGCAGCUGCCUGGAGGGUUCACCUUCAUGUCAGCGGGCACGGCCCUCCCCCACGGCACCCCCACCAUCCCCCUCAGCCAGCUGCAGCAGCACCCCCUGACCUUGCAGGCCCAGGCCCUCUGCUCUUCCCAGCACGCUCACCACUCCCAGCAGGCUGUGUUCCGCUUUCCUGCUGCAGUCUCCCUCACCGGGACAGGAAUGCAGCAGCAUCUCCAGCCCAGCUCAAACAGCACCAACGACAGCAAUGCUGAGAUGACCCUCACAUCCACCACCACUGCAACAGUGAGUCUCCCAGCGACCAUCGUAACCUCCUCGGUGCCCACCUCCAUGGCAGGUCACAUGAUGUACCCCAGCCCCCAUGCUGUGAUGUACACAUCCACGCCAGCUCUGGGUGAUGGCAGCCUGGCCGUGCUCAACACCUUCUCCCCCGGAGCCAUGCAGGUGGCCCCCGCCCCCGGCCACGAUGCAGGUGCAGUCCCUCAGGUAUUCCUCACAGCUCCUCCUGGUACUGUACAGAUCCCAGUGUCGGCGGUGCAGCUACACCCAGUACGGCAAGAUCUACACCUUACAAAUGGUGAUUGGUCAGCAGCAGAACGCCGGCGACAGCACCCUGACAGAGCUGCAGGUCGUCAGCCUGGACGCCACACAGAGCUGUAAGACCGACUGACUCACCUGAGGCAGAGCUGUAAGACCGACUGACUCACCUGAGGCAGAGCUGUAAGACCGACUGACUCACCUGAGGCAGAGCUCUAAGACCGACUGACUCACCUGAGGCAGAGCUCUAAGACCGACUGACUCACCUGAGGCAGAGCUCUAAGACCGACUGACUCACCUGAGGCAGAGCUGUAAGACCGACUGACUCACCUGAGGCAGAGCUCUAAGACCGACUGACUCACCUGAGGCAGAGCUGUAAGACCGACUGACUCACCUGAGGCAGAGCUGUAAGACCGACUGACUCACCUGAGGCAGAGCUCUAAGACCGACUGACUCACCUGAGGCAGAGCUGUAAGACCGACUGACUCACCUGAGGCAGAGCUGUAAGAC